AUGUCAAGGAGAAAUCCGGUCAGAAAUGCUCGUUCCACUUCAAGAUAUUCGGAUUUGAACGAACCAAAAUCGGAAUUUGGACAAGUACCCGACUGCAAUUUGUUCGUCGUCGAGAGAAUUCUGAACAAAAGAACCACUCGUAAUGGACCUGAGUUCCUUAUUAAGUGGAAGGGGUUCCCGGAGACUGACAGCAGUUGGGAGCCUAGGAAGAACCUUCAAUGUGACCGGAUUAUUGAAGAGUACGAGCGAAUGGCUGCGAGGGUUACUGGCCGUCGCCCUCAGUCACCCACCUAUGAAAGACCUUAUGAGACACGGAGAGGAUAUGGCUUCAUUCGUGGUGACACAUCUCAACCAUCGACUUCUGCCGCUUCUGCACCUUCUAAACAACCACAUGUUGAUUGGGUCGGCAAGUCGGUGGUUCAUAUUCUUGGAAUGACGAAGGCUCCUGGAACCAUGCACUUCCUGUGCAAAAUGAACGACGGCUCGGUCACUCUUGUCCCAGAUCAUAUUGUUCAUGAACGAUUCCCUAACCAGUCGAUCAAAUUCUACGAAUCAAGACUUGUUAUCAGUAGUAAAACUUUUGCACCAAUCAAAUGA